UGGAGCCGGGGAUGCCGCCCCGCCGGGCGGGACAGUAGCGGGAGCCGGGACGGACAUGGAGGUGGUGGACGAGACGGAGGCGCUGCAGCGCUUCUUCGAAGGCCAUGACAUCAAUGGGGCGCUGGAGCCCUCCAACAUCGACACCAGUAUCCUGGAAGAGUACAUCAGCAAGGAAGACUCCCCAGACAUCUGUUUCCCGGACAUCCCCGCCCCGGCUGGCUAUCCGCACCCCCAGCCCUCUGGAUCGGCAGCCGGACCUCUCGCAGCCCACGGGACUUCCCCUGGCUCCGGAGGCAUCCACCAUCUGAGCCCCCAAGGAGGGGGACCCUCACCAGGACGCCAUGGGCCACCUCUGCCCCCGCCCCCCUGCGGGCCCGGCUACAGCGGCCACCUCAACUGCAACAACAACAACGGGUUGGGGCCCAAGGGCUUCCUAGGGGGUCACUGCCUGAGCGGCGGGGGGCCCCCAAUCAAGGCGGAGCCCAAGGCACCCUACGCCCCCGGCACGCUCCCCGACUCUCCCCCGGACUCGGGCUCUGAGGCCUACUCUCCCCAGCAGGUGAAUGAUUCCCACCUCCUGCGCACGAUGACCCCCGAGAACAUGUGCCACGUCAGCAUCUCCUCCCGCCUGGAGCACCCCCUGCCUCCGCCCCCACCCCACCUCCCCGGCCCGCCGCCACCCCCUCCGCACCCACCGCACUACCCCGGCCUGCAGAGGGAUCUGUACAUGAAGGCCGAACCCCUGGUGCCCCCCUUUGCCAUGGGGCAAGGCAUGGCCCCCGGAGACCUCCAUCACGCCCAGCAAACCCAGAUGCUUCACCAGCUACUGCAACAGCACGGAGCAGAGCUCCCUGUGCACCCCACCAAGAAGAGGAAGCACUCCGAGUCGCCCCCCAAUACCCUCAACGCCCAGAUGCUCAACGGCAUGAUUAAACAGGAGCCAGGUACGGCGGCGGCGCUGCCCCUCCACCCGGCCAGAGCCCCAACGCCUCCCUGGCACCAGCAGGGGGCGCUGUCGCCAGGAGCGGGGGCCCUGCCCCUCAGCAUUACCAGAGCCCCGACGCCUCCCUGGCACCAGCAGGGGGCGCUCUCGCCAGGCCUCAUGCAAGACAAUGACAGUCUGAACGGCUCCUACCUGGACCCCAACUACCAGUCCAUCAAGUGGCAGCCCCACCAGCAGAACAAAUGGGCCUCGCUGUACGAUGCCAGCUAUAAGGAACUGCCCAUGCCUACCUACCGAGUGGACGCGGACAAGGGCUUCAACUUCUCCGUGGGGGACGAUGCCUUCGUGUGCCAGAAGAAGAACCACUUCCAGGUGACGGUCUACAUCGGUAUGCUGGGGGAGCCCAAGUACGUCAAGACCCCCGAGGGUCUCAAGCCCCUCGAUUGCUUCUACCUGAAACUACAUGGAGUCAAGCUGGAGGCCUUGAACCAGUCCAUCAACAUUGAGCAGUCUCAGUCAGACCGGAGCAAACGGCCCUUCAAUCCUGUCACGGUCACACUGCCCCCAGAGCAGGUCACCAAGGUGACAGUGGGGCGCCUGCACUUCAGCGAGACCACGGCCAACAACAUGCGCAAGAAGGGCAAACCCAAUCCUGACCAAAGGUACUUCAUGCUGGUGGUGGCCCUGCAGGCACAGGCCCAGAACCAGACCUACACCUUGGCUGCCCAGAUCUCCGAGCGGAUCAUCGUCAGAGCCUCAAAUCCGGGCCAGUUCGAGAGCGACAGCGAUGUACUGUGGCAGCGGGCCCAGCUGCCCGACACCGUCUUCCACCACGGCCGGGUGGGCAUCAACACCGACCGGCCGGACGAGGCCCUGGUGGUCCACGGCAACGUGAAGGUCAUGGGCUCACUCAUGCACCCCUCGGACAUCCGGGCCAAGGAGCACGUGGAGGAGGUGGACACUACAGAGCAGCUGAAGAGGAUCUCCCGCAUGCGGCUGGUGCAUUACAACUACAAGCCUGAGUUUGCUGCCAGCGCGGGCCUCGAUGCUGCUCCCGAGACAGGCGUCAUCGCCCAGGAGGUGAAGGAGAUCCUCCCCGAGGCAGUGAAGGACACCGGGGACGUGGUCUUUGCCAACGGGAAAACCAUCGAGAACUUUCUGGUGGUGAACAAGGAGCGGAUUUUCAUGGAGAACGUGGGGGCCGUGAAGGAGCUGUGCAAGUUGACCGACAACCUGGAGACACGCAUCGACGAGUUGGAGCGCUGGAGCCACAAGUUGGCCAAGUUGAGGCGUCUGGACAGCAUGAAGUCCACAGGCAGCUCGGGGGCCUUCAGCCAAGCCGGCAGCCAGUUCAGCCGGGCAGGGAGUGUACCCCACAAGAAGAGGCCCCCCAAACUGGCCAGCAAGGCCCCCUCGGUGGUUCCGGACCAGGCCUGCAUCAGCCAGCGCUUCCUGCAGGGCACCAUCAUCGCCCUGGUGGUUGUCAUGGCCUUCAGCGUCGUGUCCAUGUCCACGCUGUACGUGCUGAGCCUGCGGACCGAGGAGGAGGUGGUAGACACAGAUGGUUCUUUUGCUGUGUCCACUUCCUGUCUCCUGGCCCUCCUCCGGCCCCAGGACUCUGGGGGGGCUGUGGCUUUGUGCCCGUGGUCAAGUCAGAGUUAUGGGACCACUCAGGUGCGCCUGUCCACCUCCUCCCUUGGCCCCGCCGUCAGACCCUUUUCCCAGCAGCCUGUCACCCUGACCCCGCCAAGCUCUCCCCCCGAAGUGGCCAUUCCCCACUUGAACCUGUGCCCCAUCCCCCGCUGCCCGGCCGUCUGCUGCUCCCUGCCUAUCCCCAGCUCCACCUCCGGCACCAGCCUCAAUGCCAACCGCUCAGACCAGAGCCAGGGCUCGCUGCUGCAAGUCCCCAACAUCCGAGCCAAAUCCUGGGGCCUCCCGGGCAACGGGAUCUCUCACGUCAAACGCCCCAAGAGCCUGGAGCGGGGCGCCGGAGGGGGUCCCCCGGCCAGCCCCUCGGCCCCCUUCACUGGGGCUCAGAGCAAGGCCAAGAACAGCCCCAACCUGUCCUUUCCCGCCCGCGCCCCCCGCAGCGUCCCCCAGCCCAGCCCGGCCUGGGCCGGGGCCCAGCCCACCAGCCCCUCCGUCCAGCACGACCUGCCUCCCUCCCUGAGCUCCAUCCAGGUCCUGGAGAACUCGCUGCCCAUCACGUCCCUGUAUUGUGCAGCGGGCAAGGCCUGCAGGCCGGGGAACUUUACCUAUCGAAUCCCCAUCAGCAGCACCACCCCACUGCACCUCAGCCUGACCCUGGAAAUGAACGCCUCCUCUCCUGUGUCGGUGGUGCUGUGCGGCCUCGUGUCCCAAGAGACCCCCUGUGAGGAGGGGAGCCGUCCCUACAGCCUCCCGGACACCCCAGACACCCAGGGCACUUCUCACCAAUGGGCCGUAGCUCUCCUAUCUUUCCGCGAGUUCACCUACCAUUUCCGGGUGGCGCUGCUGGGCCAGGCCAGCUGCAGCUCGGAGCCGCCCGUUGGCCCCGUCAGCGACUACUACUUCCACUUCUACCGGCUGUGCGACUGAGCCGCACCCCCGCAGCCCUCCUCCCUGGGCAGCGCCCACUCCCGGGACUCGGGACCCUUUGGGGCCCCUCUCCCCCUGCCCGGAUGUGACCACAUGACACUGGAGUGGGGUGGGGUGGACCGAUCCCACCCCAAGCCCGGCCUCACCGACACUGUAGCCCUCGGGGAACACACUGGAAUUCCUGCUGGAGACUGAAGCCGGGCAGCUAGGCCCGGAUCUGGACAAACUGGAAGUUCUUUACACUGGAGUUGCUGUUCCUGCUGGUUGUUCUGGCCAGACCGACUGCUUCCUCCCUUUCUACCGCUCUCUCGUCGAAGGGGGUGUCGCAGCUCCCUCCCCUUAAGGAGCCUGCACCCCUCCUCCAGAGCCGGGUGGACAGACUCACACCUGUCCAGAUGUGGGAGGCAUAGAGGAGGGUGAGAUGACCAUCCCACUGCCUUUCUGAGCACACUUCUCUCUACUCCCUCCCCUUCUUAGCUUUGAGCCGCCCCCCCAGCCUUGGGGCUCCGCCCACGGCCUCCCCCCAGUCCUAGCAACUUGGCCAGGGCCCAGAAAGGGCAGCAGGGUUAUGGCUGGGAUCCCCGAUACCCACCAAGCUGUCCUCUGGAAGGCAGCCGGUGACCGUUCUGGGGUUUUUCUGUUACGUCCGAUAUGAACUACUGAGCUGUAAAGCUGGAGUGGUGGGUUGUGGGGGUGGUCUCUCCGCACUCCCUCUCUUCUGCCAUCCUUCCUCCGGUCCCCUCCCCCGAGAUGCCCAAUACCUGUAGAGAAGCCCUAGUCCGGGGUCUGGUCCUGGGGGGAGAGCAGGGCAGGGCUGGGGGCGUGGGGGUGGUCCGGACUGAGUCCCCACUCCCAAGUCCCACGGCGCUGGAUGAAUGAAGAAGGGCUCAGCCCAGUCACUGUGAUGCCCAGUCCUAAGAGCCUCUCCGGGACACGUGCAGUUGGCCCCAGGCUGGAGGCGGCGGCAGUCCCGGAGCCUCUGUGGUCAGCCCCUGGGGUAGCUUCUCAGCCACUGACUCCCCGUUCUGCCUCCGUCUUCCCCUCUGUUUUGACCUUCUGGGAAGCUGGGUGAGAGCACGGGGCAGGAGGGCAGCAGGCCAAGGUGGCCCCUGGAGGCAAUUGAGUUUUCUGUUGUUACCGAGCGACUUACUCAAAUGCACUUGAACUGCGGCCAGGGCAGGAUGGAGAAGCCCAGGGUCCUUGGGAUGACGCUCGCCUGGAAGGCAAGGGUCCUGAACCCUCCCCGGUCACGCCGGGAAGACUGCGGGGCCCCCACCCCUUCUCCCACGCUCAAGCCAGAGGAGUCAGAGGGGGCUGCGGGAAAGCAGCGUCCAGCGGCCCCCGGCUAAGGGACGUCCUCCACACCCAGGCUUUCCCCUGCCGGCACUGACAAGGGCCUUAGCCAGUUCCCAGCAUCGGGCCUCGCCCCCACCUUACUCUCCCCAAGUCCCCGUCUCUACCCCGGGCUGAUGGGCCGUGAGCGUGGGGACCUGCGAUCAUCAGGCCAAACACCACCCCGUCCCCGUGAGCUGGGCCCGUCCCCAGACCGGAGGGUUUCCCGCAGCGUGCGGUACAUCCCCUUACCAGGCUUUUGCACUUACGGCGCUGUUCGCCAAGGAUCUCAAAGCGCUUAACCCGGGCAGGCAGGGGCCGGGUGCUGGCCCGGCCCUCCCAGGGAGCAACAGGGAACGGCAGAGAUGCCCGGCCUCACUCUGCACGGCUCCUCUUCCUCUUCCUGGUAUAGGGGCACACACGGACGCUCCCCCCUUCCGGGGCAGGGGGACCCGGACCCUGAGGGGACACCCUCUCACCUCCCGCCUGGUAGCGGCCCUACCCUGUCCGUCCCCGAGAACAGGAAUCCAUUGCUGCCCCCACCUCGGGUCAGCCACACGCUUGGUCUGAGACUUGCCCGGCCCUCAGGGGAGCGACCACCCUAGCCGACUCUCCCCGGAGACCAGCGGGCAGACCAGCAGCCGGGGUGGCCCCAGAGGAAGGUGAGGGUUACAGGGUGGAAGGUCCGGGUGGGAGCGGGAUUCCAGCCGGACGGUGAAGGGGAGCUCUGGACCAAAGGUGCCUUAUUCCCUCGGUAAAAGGGUUUCUGGGAAGGGGAGGGAGAAGCUGGCUGGGCCCCGAAGAAGCCCCCAUCAGCCUGCCCAAGCAGCACCCCCUCCCACUCCUCUGCCCCCUCCCCGCUGUCUUUUUCUAGUUGCCCUGCGCACCCCCACCCCCACCAGCUUCCGGCUGUAAAUAGCCCCGCCACGCACUAAUCUGCCCGGCCGAGAUUGCGCCCUCACCGCUUGUGCCCCCGUAGAGCUGCCUCGACGCCACCUACUAACGAGCCCCGAUUCUCUCCUCCACUGGGUGGGGGCAGCGGAGCUUCCCGCCGCCGCGCUCCGCUCUGUAUUUAUACCGCGCUCGGUCCAGGCGCGACGCCCCUUCUCGCCUGGGGUUUUGUUUAGCUUCGUCUAGACCAUCCUUUCCGCUGGAGGUGAAUAUACAUAUAUAUAUAAAUAAAUAUAUAAAUACGGCUUUGUAUCCAA